CUAGUAGCUCCUAGUAGGUUGAAACAAGUUGAAACAACGAUCCCUUCAUGGCCGACUUUGUGGAUUACUAUGAGUUGCUUGGUUGUGCUCCAGAUUCCACACUCGUGGAAAUCAAGCAGGCCUACCACGAGAAAUUGCGGGAGUAUCAUCCAGACAAGCGGCCAAACAGUCAGGAGGGUCGAGGGAAGAAGGUCACUGCAACUUUGAACGAGGCCUGGGAAAUAUUAAAGGAUGACGCACGACGUGAACACUACGACCGCUUGUGGCUUAAGGCCCGGCCGCCUGCCUUCGCAGUGCCACGGCCGCCGUGCACAGCGGACGAGUGCCGCCGUGCUGGGAAUGACCUUUACCGUGCUGCCAAUGCGGUGGCUGCAAGACAUGAAGCCGACCCAGAAGGAAUUACUUUUGGUGCGGAAGGCAUGGGCUGGGCAAAGCAGGUUCUUGAGAAGUACCAAGCCGCCAUUGACCUCUACUCUAAAGGUCUGGACUUCUCGCCGGAUGAUCACCGCCUCUUAAACAACCGAGCUCUUUGCUAUGCUGCACUGAAGAUGUGGUCAAAAUGCCAGGAGGAUGCCCGAAAGGUGACAGAGGUGAAACCAGAUUUCAAGAAGGGCUGGUUCUUGUUGGCAAAAGCUUUGUGGAAGGAAGGACAGUUGGCAAGAGCCAAGGAGGAGUUGGAAUCGGCGCUGAAGGUUCUUCCUGACUGCGCUGACCUUCACGAGUUGCUGAUUGAAGUGCAACAUUCAUUGAAUGAGCAGUCCGGCAGAGGCCAACUCCCGGCAAUUGCCAUGCGCCGGCAGAGCAUGAGCCGAAGUGUCUCGCCGGUGGCAACUCCUCCAUCCUGUCAGCGCUUGCAACCGCCACCGAACCUCCACCGCCCAAUGCCGCCGCGCCGUGCGGCGGAGACUCCGCCAUCCCCACCGGACGUCCCAAGCGGUCCAAGCACGUCAAAGAGUGAGAUAACCCAAGCGUCGUGGGGCUCUACGUGGUUAAACCAAUCCCACAGCUUGCACUCCUUGCACGACAGGCAAGCGCUGGCAGCUUUAGCGAAGAGCAGCACGCUGAAGAGCUCUGUGAGUUCCAUGUCCAAGAACUGGCGAUUCCCCAGGUCUGGUGCCUGGAGUGAAGGCCUAGGGGCGCUUGAAGGCACUGCCCGCUUUGGAGAGACCACCACGGACUUCGGUGAGAGAGUGAAGUACCUCAAUAGAAGUGGUAGUGUCGUGUCCUUCAGUGGACUCAAGGAUGGAAAGACCUUGUGGGACAUGGCACAACGUGCUGCGCGCAAUAGGAGAUAGCUGGACUCCAGCCUUGGAAAGCAGCCACUGGCAAGUUAGCAUGAGCGUACGAAUUUGACAGUGGCCGCGAAGAAGCCAAUGAUCAAACUUUUUGCUUUCCAGUGUGCACAGAGAUGCACGGAAAUUCAGAAUCCAUCGCAACCAAGUGGCAAGAGCUCGCCAAGCUCGCGAAGAGGUCGAC